AUGGCUGAAACAGAUCAGUCCUCUUUAACCAGUAUCACUUCUCCAUCUGGUUCAUCUCCUGCAAUCACUUCGGCUAUACGUGAGAGCAAUCUGAUUCCUGUUACCAAUCAUAAACUGAAUGGUCACAAUUAUUUGCAAUGGUCUCAAUCCGUAAUGAUGUUCAUCAGUGGCAAGGGUCGUGAUGAUUAUCUCACCGGAGCAGUAGCUCCACCUGACAAGUCCGAUACCAGCUACAAACUCUGGCGCUCUGAAAACAACAUGGUUAUGUCCUGGCUAAUAAGUUCUAUGACCACAGAGAUUGGUGGAAAUUUCCUUCUUUAUUCCACGGCUCGAGAUAUCUGGGAGGCCGCUCGAGAGACAUAUUCCAGCAGUGAGAACACCCUGAAUUAUUUCAGGCAAAUAGUGGAGACCAAAAGGGUUUUCAAAUUCCUCAUGGGACUUAACAAAUCCCUCGAUGAAGUUCGGGGUCGAAUCCUUGCCACCAAGCCUUUCCCUAGCCUUCGAGAGGCAUUUUCUGAGGUUCGUAGGGAAGAAAGUCAAAGAAAAGUAAUGCUGGGACAAUCAGGGGCAUUAUCAACUCCAGAAGGUUCAGCCCUUGUGGCUCACGGUUUGCUGCCAUCACAGGAAGAUGCCUCAAUCCAGGCUCAUGUUGCCCGUGGUCCUCUUCAACAUUUGAAUGACAACAAGCCUCGUAGAGGGAGACCUUGGUGUGAUCACUGUCGAAAACCAGGUCACACCAAGGACACCUGCUGA